AUGUGGACGACACCUCUUAUUCUCCUUCUUCUUUCAUUCUACGGAAUUUCUUCUGAAAUCAUCCCUGAUGAUCCUGGAUUCGUCGAUCACCUCUUCAAUGGAAUUAUUCCACCGAGAGCUCAUUUCCACGGAUUCGUCGCCCAGGAUAACAAUCGAGAAGUCGUUGAGAAGUUCCUUGUCCGUGUGACUCGUUCAAUCGAAUCCAAAGAUGCAUCAAUCAUUGGUGGACUAUUCCAACCUGGAUUCAUCUUCAAAGGAUGCAAGGGAACAUACAACAAGCAACAAGUAAUCGGAAUGAUCAGUCAGAUUCCAGCUGGCACCAAUUUCCAUUUCGUCUUGAAGACAGUCGAGGAUGACGGAGACUCCAUCAAGUACUCUGUAUCUGUAUCCGGAUUCGGGCCAUCUCCAUUGGAAGCUGAGUUCACUUUGAACAAGGUCGACCAACAAUUGCAUUGCGGAAGAAUUCCAGCCUGCCAGAAGACCCACUUCCACGGAUUCAUUAGUCAGGAAUCAGCCAAGGAAACUGUGACAAACUUCUUGACAAAGCUGGAAAUUGCGUUCAAAUCAAAGGACACCAACUCGAUUACCAACUUCUUUAAACCAUCUUUCGUCUUCGUUGGAUGUAUGGGAACAUACAACCGAGAGCAAUCAAUUGAGCUGAUUCAAAUGAUUCCCUCGGAUUCAAAACUCAAUUAUUCAUACAAAUCAGUUGAAGACCUCGGAGAAACUAUCAAGGCUAAUGUAUUGGCAAGUGGAUUCAAGAGUUUCCACGUGGAAUUCGAGUUCGUUUUGAACAAGAAAGAUCAACAAAUCGAGAGUGCUCGCAUGCCAGAUUGUCCAAAGAGAAGAUUCAAUGGAGUGGGUGGAGGUGAAGCUCAACUUGGCUUUUCCUAUCAAGAGUCUCCAACAACUGUCAUUGAGAGAUUCCUCGGCCGUUUGACUCGAUCAAUUGAAGCCAAGAACGUCAGGGCCAUUCUUGACCUCUUACAAGGCGGAUUCAUGUUCAAGGGUUGCAAAGACAAAUACAAUAAAUAUAAAAUCGUCGAUAUUAUCACCCGAAUCCCAAAUGGAACCAAGUUCACCUUCACUCUCAAGACCAUCAAAGACCUUACAUACACCAUCAAAUUCGCUGUCGAUGUAACCGGAUUCGGACCAUCCACGAUUCCAGCUGUAUUCGUUUAUAACAAAUGGGACAAGCGUUUGCGAUCUGGAGACAUUGUGGGCUGCCCAGGCCGUCGUUAUUUCGGAUUCUAUUGA